CCAGUUCAUUUGCAUAUGGGGCUGCACCGUGGCAAACAUUAGAAGAAUCCUUUCCUAUUUCUUUAGUUUGCGGUGUUUGCACACGGAUGGGUGAUGAAUCCCCACGUGAGGACAUAUUUAUUCUGCCACACAUUUCAUCCUGUGUCAUUUCAUUCACUUUCUUUUCAGUUCCUGUCUUAAAGCCCACCUUGCAAAUUAACGACUCCGUCCCAGUGGAAGGGUCUCCGGUUCUGCUCGCCUGCUCUGUGAAAGAUGGCACAGGCCCCAUUUCAUAUACCUGGCACCGUCACAUCAUCCAAGAGGGCACUUUUCCAGUUCCCGAGGGUCUGGGCAGUGUGCUAACCCUGACAUCGGUUAAUAGGACACAUACCGGUUGGUACACAUGCACCGUAAGAAACUCUGUGAACGAAGAGACGAGUGGAAGGCAGUACCUUGAUGUCAUCUAUGGUCCCGAUGAACCAGUUAUUGAAAUCAAGCCGUAUGCCAUCAGUGAGAACGGGUUCGCAGCCAACGAACAGGAGGAGGUCACCCUGAAUUGUACGGCUUCUUCCAAUCCGCCGUGCCAUUACAUCUGGUUUUACAACAAUUCCCAGAUCUAUUCUGGACAGAUGUACGUCAUUCCACGGAUAUCCCGCAGUCAGACUGGAUUGUACACCUGCCUGGCCAAAAACUUUCACCUCAACACACGCACUCAGCUUACAAUCUCUCUGAGCGUCUAUUAUUUACCCGAGGGAUCCCCCGUGUGCACCGCUCUGUCACGUAAUCAUUACAUGGAGGUGGCUCUUUGGUGUUCGUGGGAAGGAGGACAUCCUCUGGCGCAGGUUCGCUGGACAAAAAUGGGAGAAGAGGUUAAUGAAAUUACGACAAAAUCAAAUGCAACAAAGGUCUACAAAGGGGGAGAGGUUCAAAACGGGAGCACGUAUACCUGCGCAAUCUCCCAUCCGGCCCUCAGAAAAGACAUUUCCUGCAGCACCACCAUCUCAAUCCCUGCUGGUUCUCCAAACUGUUCUGCAGUCGCCACAAAGCAAAAUGAGUUUGUCAUGUUGACUUGUGAGUGGCCUGGGGGUCUCCCUCGUGCCAGCCUUGAAUGGAAUAACAGGGAGAUCGGCGACACCAAGGAGUCUUCCAACAUAUAUGUCUUGAAAUCGGAUCCGUCAUAUAAUGGCCAUCUGUUUACCUGCACGGCGCUGCACCCCAUGUACCCAGAGGCAAAGCAGUGCCGUGUACUCCUUGAGGCACCAAUCCUGAAUGCUUCAGAAAAAGAGGUUUGGGUACUUGAAGGAAGCGAAGCCCAAAUGACCUGCUACCUGAAAGGAGGAAACCUCACUUCUGAGAUCAUUUGGUACAAUAACAAGAACAAAGAAAUUGUCCCAGACUCACAAAAAUAUGGAAUUACGAAGGAAAAUGGUGGGUCGGUUCUGAUUAUGCGAGAGGCAGAGUGGAAUAUGGACAGUGGACUGUAUCGCUGCCUCGCGUUCAAUGCCGUAGGAAACUCUUCCCUUUUCAUCCGACUUCACGUGAAAAAAUAUCCGACUCCUCCGAACGUGACGAUCAGUAAACUCCUCUACAGCCGUCAGAGGACAGAAGUGGAUGUGGAGUGGAUGACCCAGGGGACCGGGGACCUUACGGGUUUUAUGGUACAGAGGCAAGCGAGUAUCCGCUCUUUUCCUGGUCCGAGGAGGUCUGUCCAAACUACAUUAUGGGACACCGUGGCUAGUGACAUAGAGCCUGACAUCCGAGGCCACAAGCUUGGUGGAUUAGACCCUGCCAUUGUUUAUGCCUUUAGGAUUCUUGCAGUUAACCACAGAACUACAGGAUUUCCUUCAGAAGUGAAAACACCAGCUGAUCCUCCGUUUAAUGCCUACCCGGCUGUCAUAGGGGCUGCUGUCACGGGUAUGAUUGUGGCGACAGUUGCCAGCCUUUUGGUCUUUCAAUACAUUGUAAGGAAUCGAGAAAACAACCCAAGGCUCCACGAUAUGUUCUUCAGACCGGGGAGAGCCGAGGCUCGGGAGAAUAUCCGAAAUCCAGAAGAUGCAGAGACUGCCGGUGAUGGGGCCGGUGCUGAGAGCGUCACAAACCCAACAGCAGAAGACGUGACCGCAAAUAUUUCUAAUGAGGUAAAUGAGCUUCCUGCUCCUGAUAAUACCGAUAACGCCGUAUCCCAAAAAGCUGAGCCUCCAGGGGACGACCCGGUUAACGUGACUAUCACAGUGACAGCGACACCGUAACAUGCUCAGGAAGGGACUUUAACACGUAUGCAAACCAUGUACAUUAAGCGUUAAAUAAAUCAUUUCGCUAUAUGUAGAGUGUGAUUAG